AUGUGCCUCCUCACCAACACCAGCACUGGUCCUUCACACAAAAAUAAGUCACUUAUUUGUCUGCCUAUGAAGACACCUGGUGUCCAUGUUACCAAGAAAAUUGACAAAAUGGGAAUGAAGUCAUCAGACACGGCUCAGAUAUUCUUUGAAGAUGUCCGAGUACCCAGUAAAAAUUUAAUAGGGGAGGAAGGAAUGGGAUUCAUCUAUCAGAUGUUGCAGUUUCAAGAGGAACGAAUGUGGGGGGUCGCAAACGUUCUCACACCCAUGGAAAGCAUCAUCCAAGAAACGAUUGACUACACCAGGCAGAGGAAAAUCUUCAACCAGCCUCUGCUCAACAACCAGAUUGUCCACUACAAGUUGGCUGAGCUGAGCACCGAGGUGGAGCUUCUCCGGUCUCUGCUGCACCGCACAGUUGCAUUGUAUAUCGACGGGAAUGACGUCACCAAAUUUGCAUCUAUGGCCAAGCUAAAGGCUGGACGCCUAGCAAGAGAGCUAAGUGACAGCUGCCUACAGUUCUGGGGGGGAAUGGGCUUCACCAAUGAGGUGUCUGUAAGCAGGUUUUAUCGAGAUUCCCGUCUACUCUCCAUUGGCGCUGGAGCGGAUGAAGUCAUGCUGUCAAUUAUCUGCAAAUUUAUGGGGACCCUUCCUAGCAGAAAAUAA